AUAGAAGAAUUAUCGUAACGGAAACGUAAACACAAACAGGCACAAGUCGGAGUUCAACGACGCGAGCGCACAUUUAGGUUUCAUGAGCCGUGUUUAAGUUGUUUACAGGACUCGUGGUGAGUCUUAACUCCACUGUGAUUUGUAUAAAUUAACACUGUUGUCUCAGUAGCUAAACAAAUCAGAAUCGCAACUGGCUAAAAAAAACAUUAUCUUGCUAGCUUUGCUAGUUCUUGGUGAACUGCGACAUGACCAGCAAAAUGUGAAUAACAGGCCGCUUUAUGACUAAAUUAAUUUCUAAAUAAAAGACUACCCAGUCGUCAUUAAAGCUAAUAAUACAGUUUAUAGUAAUGCCCGAGUUGGACGUAAAAUAUUCAGGCGCUGUGAGCCCGAAGAGACGCCGACACAGCCGCUCCAGCAGCCGCUCACCGGACCGAGGGGUCAAGAACCACAGAUACGACCAUGAAGACGACCACAAGUCGCGACACAACGACAAAGAGAGGAACAGAAAUCGGUUCCGAGUCGGGGAUUCUCGCAGUCGCUCCAGGUCGAGGGAAAGACAUCGGUCAAACUGGUCAGAUCAGAGAGACAGAGAUCACGGCUUUGGAUCAAGAUCCGAUUACUAUGAGAAGAGAGAUGAUGCCCAACGACAGAGACAAGACGCCUUCAUCGCGAGGCGUCUGCAGGAACGUGAGAGAAUUGGUGAACUGGGAUGUCCUGAGGUCUGGGGAUAUUCUCCAAGAGUCAGAGAACCUGACUCAGAUGAACACACUCCUGUAGAAGAGGAUGUGAAGAACAGCAGCUCUGAUUCAAGUUCACAGGAGGAAAAGAAGAAAAAGAAAAAGAAGAAGAAGAAGAAAUCAAAGAAGAGGAAGAACAGGAAGCACUCAGAGGACAGCGAGUCAGAAAGUGAUUCUGAAGAAGAGAUGAAAAAGAAGAAAAGAAAGAAGAAAAGUAAAAAGAAGAAAUCAAAGAAGAAGAAGGCGAAGAAGAAUCACAAGGAGUCCAGUAGCUCCAGCAGUGAACAUUCAGAGGAAGAAGAAGAGGAUGUCAAUGAAAUCUCAUGGGUGGAGAAAACUGGUGUUGGAGAGCAUGUUGUUGGACCUGAAGCUCCUCUCACUCACCUGUCCCAAGAUGACAAACCUUUAGAUUUUGGCCACGCUUUGCUACCAGGUGAAGGUGCGGCCAUGGCAGAGUUUGUCAAAGCAGGAAAACGUAUUCCAAGAAGAGGUGAAAUCGGUUUGACUAGUGAGGAGAUUGCAGAGUAUGAGAAAUGUGGUUAUGUCAUGAGUGGAAGCAGACAUCGACGUAUGGAGGCUGUGCGUCUGAGAAAGGAAAACCAGAUCUACAGUGCUGACGAGAAGAGAGCUCUUGCUUCCUUUAAUCAAGAGGAAAGGAGAAAGAGGGAGAGCAAAAUCCUUUCUAGCUUCAGGGAAAUGGUGUACAGAAAAACUAAAGGCAAAGAUGGGAAGUAGACUGUCCUGCAGAAUUACUUUUUUUUUUUUUUCUUCAGUUUGGAUGUCAUUAUUUUUCUUUUUUGAAAGGAAAAGACAUAAAAUGUGAUUAAGUCACAGAUUUUACUUAAAUGUGUUCAUUUUUGUCUGCUUGCGCAAUCUCCUGUACAGUACACGGUGAGAGGCCUGUGAACUAAAAUUGAUAUGUACGUUUCUUUUACUACAAACAAAUAAAUAAACUGAUCAAUAGAGCUCAAACCAUUAACCACUGCAAUACCCUUCAUGUAAUGUAUGUUGCAUCUGAAUAAAAAUGGUCAUGUGA